AUGGAGAGUUCAAAUGAAAGAGAAUUUUGGCAAUUUAACGAAUCCUGGCAGAACCCAAGUCUCGUCAACGGGACCGGUUUGUUGAAUCAGACGAACCCUCUGAAGCGGAAUGAAGAGGUGGCGAAGGUAGAGGUGACUGUGCUCGCCCUGGUGCUGUUUCUGGCGCUUGCGGGUAACCUGUGCGUCCUGCUGGCCAUCCACACCACCAAGCACAGCCAGUCCCGCAUGUACUACUUCAUGAAGCACCUGAGCAUCGCCGAUUUAGUUGUGGCGAUAUUUCAAGUUCUCCCUCAACUCAUCUGGGACAUUACAUUUCGGUUCUAUGGACCGGACAUUCUGUGCAGGUUGGUGAAAUACCUACAGGUCGUUGGGAUGUUCGCCUCCACUUACAUGUUAGUUUUGAUGUCCGUGGACAGGUGUUUGGCAAUUUGCCAGCCUCUUCGUUCUUUGCACAGGAUAAAAAACCGUUUUUAUGUCAUCUUUUCCUGGGUUCUGAGUCUGCUCUUCAGUAUCCCGCAGAUGUUUAUUUUCUCCCUGAUCGAGGUUGGCUCGCCCGGAUCAGGCGUGUAUGACUGCUGGGGCAACUUCGUCAAGCCUUGGGGGGCCAAAGCUUACAUCACAUGGAUCAGUCUCACUAUAUAUAUCAUUCCAGUGGCUAUACUGAGCAUUUGCUACGGGUUAAUAAGCUUCAAAAUAUGGCAAAACUUUAAACUGAAAACCAGGCGGGAGCAGUGUAUAAGCCUGACACCCAAAGCCUCCAAAUGCAACACACUGGCCCGCGUGAGCAGCGUUAAGCUGAUCUCCAAAGCGAAGAUAACCACAGUGAAAAUGACUUUUGUGAUCGUUUUGGCCUAUAUCGUCUGUUGGACCCCAUUUUUCUCUGUCCAGAUGUGGUCUGCGUGGGAUCCAGCAGCGCCUCGUGAGGCCAUGCCGUUCAUCAUCUCCAUGCUGCUGGCCAGCCUCAAUAGCUGCUGUAACCCUUGGAUCUACAUGUGCUUUGCCGGGCAUCUGUUCCAGGAUCUUAGGCAGAAUUUUUUGUGCUGUUCCACUCGCUACCUCAAGUCAUCCCAGUGCCACUGUGAGCGUGACUUUGACUCCAGUCACAAGAGCAACUCUUCAACCUUUGCCAUUAAGAGCACCAGCAGUCAGAGGAGCAUCACACAGACUUCCACAACAUAAGAACCCGCCCCCUCUUCCCUUCACAUUCUCCUGAGCCUUCCACUCUACCUUUUACCACAUGCCAUCACCCAUUAAAUAUCCAACUGUUCUAUUCCUUUAGAUACCUCUCGCCCUGAGUCCUGAAAGAAAAAGAAAAAAGUCUUAAAGUCUGAGUCCGCAAUUUUGGAGUAAGAUUGUUGAUUGGAGCACCCAAACAAUUACACCCCUCCCAUCAGUGCUCCUUUAGAUUGUUUGCUCCCACUUUUUUCUAACUUACUAGUGUUGUGCCUUUUGCAAAUGAAUCAUUCAAAAGUACAAAUCUUUGGGGUGAACAAUCUGAACUGAUUCACUUUCUGAAAAGAUGCGUUCAUAUCUCAGUUCAGUUGAGCUCUGUCAGUCAAUAGCGCCAUGCCGCAGAGCUCUAGGCUUGGGCCCACCUCAGGCGCUGUCAACGUGCAAGGACUCACUAAGUGACUGAUUCAAGUAAUUUGUUCACAACAGGAAUGCCGUAUGUUCAAGACAGCAAAUACACAGCUGAGUGGGGAUGGGUUGCUAAUAUAUACAUUCAGCUGCACCAUUUAGCUGUUACGAGCAGUCAUAUUUAUUAUAAUCCAUCCCAAGGUUUGGUAAUCCAUCAAGAAAACACGGAUUCUUUUGAAAAAUAAUAAGUGAUAAUUUGAUGUUUGAUGCAGGAUUUAUGUUAGCCGGCAGGUUUCACAAAUUAGAAGAACACUGAGGCCGAUUGACCGGAACUGUACAGCAUAAUUUGUGCCCAUGUGUAAGAGGUACAGACAACGUUUGUUUGUACUUUUAUUAAAGUUUGACAAGGCAUAGUACAGAAGCAUGAAUACAUAAUAAAUCAUCAGAAAUCAGAACUGGGCUAUUGUGCAGAGAUCCGCUCUACCAUCGCAAUAAUGGCAUUCUUAUUUUUAUUUAUUUGACAGUAAAACACAAAAACAGAGGAAAUUUAUAAUUGGACAUAAUUCUGCAGUGGUGGUUCAACACAAGGUCGGUGUCUCAUCUUUUCUCUCCAUGCCCUUAUGAAUGCAUAAGCUUGUUCUGUACAUUAAUUAUUACAAAAAAUAACGUGAAUAGCCCUUGUGUUUCGUUUCUGGUUAAAUGUAGGCUAUGAUGUAUUUAAAACAUAUGUACUACUAUAUUCAGAAAAUGUUAUAGGCUAAGUUGGCCGUCAAAAACAUGUGUAAUGGUAACCCUGGUUUGUGUUUAUGCUGACUAUACAAAGAUCUGUUUACUGUUUUUACCUCUCUCAUGUCUCUCAAAAUAGGAAGUAGUUCCAAUACCUAGAUCAUUUAUUAAAUAAUUAGGUGUCAUAAAAUAUACUGUACAUAAUUAAUAUUAAUAUAAUAUUAUGUACAUUGUAUUGUAUUGUAUGUACAUAUUGUACAUAAUAGGGUAUAUGGACUUCAGCUUUAAGUUUGCAAACAUUACAUGACUUUUCUCAGUUCAUCAGCAAGCUGAGCUGAAAGUGAUUGGGACUAUUAAGGGUGCAACGUUUUAUUCAUAAAUAUGUACCAGACAAUUGUGGACCAAGCUGAGCAAUUGUUUGUUUUAUGUUAUUCUUGUUUUAGUACAGUAUAAAUAUACAUAUUUGCAGUGAAAUGCAGAGAAAGUAAAGAUAAAGAGAAUAUUUUAUGUACUGUCAACCUUGGCCAACCAUGCUAUUGAUUCAGUUGUUCGACU